CGCCACCACUUCCACGCACUGACGGCACCGGCCUGGCUUGCACUCGCUGAUGGAGCAGAGCCGACACCGGCAGCAGACAAGGCACCUCUAUCUAAGAGUCUUUUACUGGUCCCCAGUGCCCUGUCUCUUUUGCUGACUCUACUCCUGCCACACUGUCAGAGGUUCUUCCUAUAUGACCUCCAAGCAGUCAAGGAUGACUUUCAGAUUUGGAGGCUGAUAUGUGGAAGAAUAAUUUGCCUUGAUUUGAAAGAUAGUUUCUGCAGUAGUCUGCUUAUUUAUAAUUUUAGGAUAUUUGAAAGAAGAUAUGGAAGCAGAAAAUUUGCAUCCUUUUUGCUGGGUUCCUGGGUUUUGUCAGCCUUGGUUGACUUCAUCCUCGUUGAAGCUAUGUGGUAUUCCUUUGGUAUCACUGCAUCCAGGAAUUUGCCGUCUGGAUUCCUGGCACCUGUGUUUGCUCUGUUUGUACCAUUUUACUGCUCCAUACCAAGAGUCCAAGUGGCACAUAUUCUGGGCCCGUUGUCCAUCACAAACAAGACAUUGAUUUAUAUAUUGGGACUGCAGCUUUUCACCUCUGGUUCCUACAUCUGGAUUGUAGCCAUAAGUGGACUUAUUUCCGGUAUCUGCUACAACAGCAAAAUACUUCAAGUUCAUCAGGUGCUGUACAUCCCAAGCUGGAUGGCAAAGUUCUGUUCUUGGACGCUUGAGCCCAUCUUCUCAUCUUCAGAACCUACCACUGAAGCCAGAGUCGGGAUGGGGGCCACAGUAGACAUUCAGAGGCAGCAAAGAAUGGAACUGCUCGAUCGGCAGCUGAUGCUUUCCCAGUUUGCACAAGCGAGGCGACAAAGACAGCAGCAGCUUGCCCUCUCCCCUCCGUUAACAAUGAAGAGGAGAAAUGAUCCAAAAUGCACUGCCCCUAUCAAGAAACAGGAGAAAAGAGUUGCAGAGUUUGCCAUGAGCCUCAACUCUACAUCUGAUGAUGAACCUCCCUCCUCUAUCAAUCAUGCAGCGAAAGUAUCUACCACAAGCUUCAGUGGGUCUGACAGUGAGACUGAGGGGAAGCAACGCAGCUCUGAUGAUGCAUUCAAAGCAGACUCUCUUGUGGAGGGAACUUCUUCCCGCUAUUCCAUGUACAACAGUGUCUCCCAAAAGCUUAUGGCCAAGAUGGGCUUCAGGGAAGGUGAAGGAUUGGGUAAAUACAGCCGGGGUCGGAAGGACAUCGUGGAGGCCUCUAAUCAGAAAGGUCGAAGAGGCUUGGGUCUGACGUUGCAAGGCUUUGAACAGGAGUUGAAUGUGGACUGGCGAGAUGAGCCCGAGCCCAGUGCCUGUGAGCAGUCAUGGUUCCCAGAAUGUACCACUGAGAUUCCUGACACUGAGGAAAUGAGCGAUUGGAUGGUUGUGGGAAAGAGGAAGAUGAUUAUUGAAGAUGAAACAGAGUUUUGUGGGGAAGACCUGCUUCACAGUGUGCUGCAGUGUAAGAGUGUGUUUGAUGUCCUGGAUGGGGAGGAGAUGUGGCGAGCUCUGACCCGGGCCAAUCCCUACGAGAUGAUCCAAGGAGUCUUCUUCCUGAACAGGGCAAGGAAGAUGGCCAAUAUGGAUUUUGUGUUUGAUCGCAUUUUUGCAAAUCCACGGGACUCUUAUGGGAAACCACUGGUGAAGGACCGGGAAGCGGAGCUUCUGUACUUUGCUGACAUCUGUGCAGGCCCCGGUGGCUUCUGGGAGUAUGUGCUGUGGAGGAGGAAGUGGCAUGCGAAGGGCUUUGGCAUGACUCUGAAGGGCCCGGAUGACUUUAAGCUGGAGGACUUCUACUCGGCCUCCCAUGAACUCUUUGAACCUUACUAUGGCGAGGGUGGGAUCGAUGGAGAUGGAGACGUCACCCGCCCAGAGAACAUCACUGCUUUUCGAAAUUUUGUCCUGGAUAACACAGAUGGAAAGGGUGUCCACUUUCUGAUGGCCGAUGGGAGUUUCUCCAUAGAGGGCCAGGAGAACCUGGGAGAGAUCCUCAGCAAGCAGCUGCUGCUCUGCCAGUUUCUCAUGGCGCUCUCUGUUGUCCGGACAGGAGGCCACUUCAUCUGUAAAACCUUUGACCUGUUCACACCGUUCAGCGUGGGGCUCAUCUACCUGCUGUACUGCUGCUUUGAACGAGUAUGUCUCUUUAAGCCGAUUACCAGCCAUCCUGCCAACUCAGAGAGGUAUGUGGUGUGCAAGGGCCUGAAGGUGGGCAUAGAUGACGUGCGGGAGUACCUCUUCUCAGUCAAUAUUAAACUCAACCAGCUGCGGAACACCGAUUCCAAUGUCAACCUUGUGGUUCCCUUGGAGGUGAUGAAGGCAGACCAUGAAUUUACUGACUACAUGAUACGGUCCAAUGAAAGCUACUGUAGUCUGCAGAUCAAAGCUCUGGCCAAAAUCUAUGCCUUUGUUCAAGACACCACCCUGAGUGAGCCUCGGCAGGCAGAGAUCCGGAAACAGUGCCUCCGUCUUUGGGGGAUCCCGGACCAGACUCGUGUGGCUCCUUCCUCCUCGGACCCGAAGUCUAAGUUCUUUGAGCUGAUUUGGGGCACUGAGGUCGACAUCUUCAGCUAUAAGCCCACGCUGCUCACCUCCAAAACCUUGGAGAAGAUCCGCCCAGUGCUCGACUACCGCUGCAUGGUGUCUGGCAGUGAGCAGAAGUUCCUCCUGAGCCUGGGGAAGUCACAGAUCUACACGUGGGACGGCCGCCAGUCAUACCGCUGGGUCAAGCUGGACCUGAAGACAGAGCUGCCCCGGGACACUCUGCUCUUUGUGGAGAUUGUCCAUGAGCUGAAAGGGGAGGGGAAGGCCCAGCGGAAGAUGAGUGCCAUCCACAUCCUCGAUGUCCUCGUGCUGAAUGGCAGCGACGUGCGGGAGCAGCACUUCAACCAGCGAAUUCAGCUUGCUGAGAAAUUUGUGAAAGCUGUUGUUUCCACUAGUCGGCCUGACAUGAAUCCCAUCAGGGUGAAGGAGGUGUACAGGCUGGAGGAAAUGGAGAAGAUUUUUGUCAGGUUGGAGAUGAAGAUCAUCAAGGGCUCCAGCGGCAUCCCAAAGCUCAGCUACACAGGACGGGACAACCGGCACUUUGUGCCCACUGGUCUCUACAUUGUCAGGACAGUGAACGAGCCAUGGACGAUGGGAUUCAGCAGAAGCUGUAAGAGGAAGUUCUUCUACAACAGGAAAACCAAGAGCUCUACCUUUGAGCUCCCUGCAGACGCCAUUGCCCCAUUUCACAUCUGCUACUAUGGCCGGCUCUUCUGGGAGUGGGGGGAUGGCAUCCGUGUACACUACUCCCGGAAGCCCCAGGACCCAGACAGACUAUCCAAGGAGGAUGUCCUCUCCUUCAUCCAGAUGCACCGUGUCUGAGGGCCCGGGGACCCCCACUCCUACUGACACUCCUGCUGUUCAGUUAGGGUGCUCUACCUGGGCCCCUCUCGAAAGGGAUACAGCAGCACAGCCUGGCCAUGAGGGGUGGAUGGUCUCCUCUCCAUCACCCCUGAAGAGCUCAGUCGGGGGCCGUCAGAGGACACUCACAUGUUCCUUCGGGACACCUUUUAGACUUCCCUCCCUGGGGACCUGCCUGGGAACUGUCUCUCCUGCCAGGACUCAGCCUGAAAGACGCUGCUCCUACGUGGUGUGCGGUCAGGGCCCAGGGCACGUGGGGCUGCGGAGGACGUGUCAGAGCAGCAGGGCUUUGGCUCUGCUGUUCUCUCCUGUAUCCUGUAGACUCACUUUUCUGAGUUCUGUCACUGCCCUGAGAGUAGCCAUGCCCCAGCUUUGCCCAUCUUUUUACUGGGCCAACCCUUAGUGGGUGAACCCACUGUCGGGAGCUGGCCAGGAGCACCUGCUGUACAAAUCAAGGUUUUGUUUCUUUGAACUUGCUCUGUUUUGAGGCCAAGUUGGAGAAGAUUUUCUUGUCUUGUCCCCCCACCCUGUCUUGGUCUUCCCUGGAGUUCUCAGCCUAGACCUCUGACAGUCCCGCAGGCCAGGAAGGGAGGUGUGUGGCCCACGUCCCUGACACCACACCAGGAUGCAGGAUCCACUACCAAGACAGUGGAUGUGACUGCCUCCUGGGGUGGUAGAGCCUUCCUGGGCCCCAUCCCCUUUUGAUCCAAACCUUGAGCAGCUCUAGAAGGGGAGGAAGCACCCUCGAAGCCCUGCCUUUUUCUGUGCCCCAGCAGCAGUGGCCCCACUGCAACAGAGGGUACCUCAUUUGCCACAGCCACCUUGCUACCCUUCCUCCCCUUCUUCCCCAUAGGGGGUACAGUCACUUUUGCCAUUCUAUGAUGUUGGCUGAGGGGGAAGAGGGGAAGAUGGGCAGUAGCUCUGAGUGGGGAUGGCACUGAUGGUUGUUUUUAAUGGGAAAUACCUGCCAGAGACAUUCAUACAGUCUCCCUAGGGCCCCAUCCCAGUGCUAGACUGGUUUCUGUGGAGAUAGGGCACUGAGGCUCCCUGUCAGGUCGGAAUUGGCUACACCUUGCAGUGGUCGUAUGUCUCCAGCCAGCAUCC